GCACAGUCGUCACGUUGUCGCACCCACUGCAAGAGAAGAAGGGUCCGCAGGCUCCUGAACUUCCGCUGACGUGGAAGAGAAUGCAAGCUCUCACGUGCUUCGGGCGACGAUUGGAUCGUUAGUGAAGUUGCUGCUUCGAUCCGCUGGACGACGCCGGCGGACCAUCUCUUCGACGCGGCGACUGCAGUGUUCCGUGCUCACUUUCAGUGCGUCUACAGCAGCGGCACUCCACGUCAAGGUAUUCUUGUAGGCUGCCAGAGCCUGCUGCUGGUGACUCAUUGGAAUCUGCUGAGAAGUUGCGUCCAUUGGGGUGUUGCGUCGCCAGCAGAGAAAUCACCAUUGAAUAUUUUCAGCAUACGUAAGGCACCAACUGUUAAGUUUGUGUUACGAAGAAAUGGUUUCUACGUCACGGAAUAUUUUCUUUGUAAGCCCACGUUUGCUCAAAAUACUGUGUUAUAGGAUUGGUAAGUGCAAUUGGAUUUUUGGCCCGCUAAUGCUCGCGUGUACUAGAGUUUCCCUUCAAUGCGCAAGAUGGUUGUGCAUAGCCGCAUUGAUGCCGACAAGAACCCUCUCCAGUGCAAAUUUUGUCAUAAGAAGUUCCAGAACGGUAAAACACUUUCAGCUCAUUACCAGAUCCAUACAAAAGAGGAACUGCACGAAUGCGUCGUUUGCUCUAAGAAGUUGAGUCGUAAAGAUUCUCUCAAGAUUCAUCUAAGAACCCAUACCGGGGAGAAGCCUUUCGAAUGCACAGUUUGCAAGAAGAGGUUUUCUUCAUCCAGUGGUUUCUUGACUCAUGCAAAAACCCACACAGGGGAGAAGCGUUACGAGUGCAUGAUUUGCAGCAAGAAGUGGAGUGCAUUAAGGGACCUCAAGACCCAUCUUAGAAUCCAUUCUGGGGACAAGCCUUUCGAGUGCAACGUUUGCAACAAGAAGUUUAAUCAAGGAAGUAAUCUGAAGACCCAUCUUAAAACCCACUCGGAAGAGAAACCUUUCGAAUGCACAAUUUGCAGUAAGAAGUUUAGGUUUAGAAGUAACCUCAUAGACCAUCUUGUAACUCAUAAAGAGGAGCGACCUUUCAAGUGCACAGUUUGCUCUAUGAAAUUUAGCCUAAGACAAAGCCUCAAAACUCAUUUGCAAACGCAUCUAAAAGGGCCCAAACCUUACGAGUGCACAGUUUGCAGUAAGAAGUUUACUGCAGUGGGUGGCCUCAAAACUCACCUUUCAGUUCACACUGGUGACAAGCCAUUCGAGUGCGCUGUUUGCAAUAAGAAGUUCAGGACAGGGUGUGAACUCAAAAUUCAUCAGAGAAAUCACACGGGGGACAAGCCUUUUGAGUGCAGUGUUUGCAACAAGCAGUUCAAGCAAUCGGCCCAUCUCAGAAGUCACGUUAAAACGCACACGGAGGAGAGGCCGUUUGAGUGCACAGUUUGCAAAAAGCAGUUUAAGCAGAAGGAUAUUCUUAAGUCUCACCUUCAAACUCAUACCGGCGAAAAGAAAUUUGAGUGCGUAGUUUGCAAUAAAAAGUUUAGCCGAUCUUUCGUCCUCAAAACUCACUUUAGAACCCACACAGGGGAGAAGCCUUUCCAGUGCGCGGUCUGCAAUCACAAGUUUGCUGAUCGAAGUGACCUAACCAAGCAUUCCAGAGUUCACACAGGGGAGAAGCCUUUCGAGUGCACGGUUUGCGGGAAGAAGUACAGUGAAGCACGUGCUCUCCGAACUCAUCUUAGAAGCAGCCAUACAGGGGAGAAGCCUUUUGAGUGCACAGUAUGUGAUGAGAAGUUUACUUCAGCAGAUCACCUGAGGCGUCAUCUAAGAAGAACGCAUACAGAGGAGGAGCCUCUCUAGUGCACAGUAUGCCAUCAAAUAUUCACUGUAUCAGGCCAUCUUAGAACCCAUAAAUGGAAGCAGCCAUUUGAGUAAGCUCGCCCGCCAAAAUGAAGCAGAAAGUUCUCUCGAACGUCCAUCAGCUUCAGGGAUUAGGCCCCACGGAGUGCACUGACACCAUUGAGUUUCUUCAAGGAUCUCAUCAAAAAAUUAAGGCAAGGGUGGGGUUAAACCUGGUGCACCAAUUAUUGUUUGAAGGUAUUUUGUGCUCAGCAAACGUAUCAUAAAACUUCCUGUAAACUUUGUUUUGAUCGUGGUCAGUGUUCAGUGAACAUUGUAAUUAGAGUUAGUCGGCUUUAAAACCAUUUUUUGGAACUUUAUUCCAUGCCAAAUUGGUGUGAAGUUUAAAAAGAUAGUAUCUGCAUCGACUGCUCCAAGGUGUAAUGUUAAUUUUGUUUUAAUGAGCCCUUUGGCGUCACUGUGCGCAAAAAGUUACUUUUCUGUUCAUAUGUGCAAAUAAUUUUUGGAGGGACGUGAGACCCUAUGUGUUAUCUCUUAAAAAUCUUAUCGAUAGCUACCUUUUCAUUUCUCUUGAGUGUUUCUUGUGUGUGUUUCUACAGGUAUCAUUAGUGAUUGUUUUGAAAACUUUUGUUAGUUUCGUCAAUCGUAAAUAUAUAUAUUUUUUUUGUAUUGUUACUUGAUUAAUUUGUGGGGGCUUUUUUGCCGGCCAAAGAUAUUGUUUUUGUUUUCAAGAUGCUGCAGCUGAUCCACUGUUCUUUGCUUAUUUACAGGGAAGCAGAAGAUAUGCAUAUAUUUUCAAAUGUUAGUUAUUUUUGAGAAGUGUUUUGACUAAUUAAAUUUGACAUAAUGUGGCGUUGU